AAAGCCUCCCAACUCCAACUCCAACUCCUUCCAAGCACCAAUGGCCAAUAGGCAAUGCCAAACAGUUGGAGGGAAACUCAUCUGACCGUCCAUUUUUCAUCCUACGGUCAUGAUCAAUUCCAACCUAUUUCCCAUACAAAAUGGAGAGUUAAAAAAACACAUUGUAAUGAAGUAAGGAAGAAAAACCAAAGUAGGGUGAAAGGAAGAGAAACAGAACAGAGAAAAACAGAGAGAGAGAAAGAGAGGGAGAGGUUUGUGUGUAGAAUUGAUUACACAAUAAGCGCUGGUGUUUUAAUUUCUAUACCUCUCAAAGCUCAAACUAACACAUACCCAGAAAUGUUACAACUUUGAUCUUUGAGUAAAUUUCCUCUGAGAAAAUACAAAAAGUCCUUCUUUCCAACUCUCUCUCUUUCUGCCAUAUGUGAAUGAAGAAGUCUCAUCCUUGCUGAUUUUGAUGAUUUGAGACAGGUUUCAGAGACCCCAUUUGUGUUAUCCUUUAGAUCUUGAGAAAUGGAAAAGGAAGCAAAAAGUCAUAGAGCGAAUAACAACAACAACAACAACAACAACAACGGCAACAAUAACAACAACAAUAGAGCUACUGAGACAGACUUUGGGUUGCAGUGGGGUAAUAGAAAGAGGCUUAGAUGUGUGAAAGUCAAAGACCAAAGCUUAGCCAACAAAUCAGAUUGUUUGGGGAAGAAGAAAAUUACUUCUCGCGUUGAUCGCCGAGUGGUUAGCGCUGCCGAGAAAGAAUCAGUUUCUCCACAGCCCCAUCGAAUCAAUAAGAACUCUGACUUGCCAAUGAAUAACCGGAAAGUGUUGGUGACAUCGCCAGAGAAGGAAGAUCGAUAUUACACAACAAGGGGUUCGUUGGGAUUGGAUGAUAAUGGGAAGGUGUUGUUGGAUCCUGUAAAGGAGGAUAGAGGGGUUGUUUGGCCGAAGCUGUUUAUCACACUGUCUAGCAAAGAAAAGGAGGAGGAUUUUAUGGCUAUGAAAGGGUGUAAGCCUCCUCAGAGACCCAAGAAGAGGGCUAAGUUGAUACAAAGAAGCUUACUUUUGGUCAGUCCAGGUGCAUGGCUAUCGGAUCUGUGCCAAGAGAGGUAUGAAGUGAGGGAAAAAAAGGCUGCAAAGAAGAGACCCAGAGGAUUGAAGGCAAUGGGAAGUAUGGAUAGUGAUUCAGAAUAAGAAAUUCAGAUGAAUACAGAAGCAGGCAGGGAAAAUUGAAUUUUUUUUUUUUUUUUUAAAUUUUUGUAGUUAGAUGAGAAGUAGAGGGAGAGAAGAAAAAGGAAAGGAAGAAAAGAAUAUUGUU